AUGCAAGAGAACUCGACGGCUAAUGAAACCGUCAAGGUCGUAGUACGCUGCCGACCCCUGGAUGCCAAAGAAAUCCAAGCCGGUUACAAAAGGUUUUUAAUUCUCAGUAUUGUUAAUCCCUGUAGCUGCGUAUGUGUUAAUGAAGCUGAGGGAUAUAUUGAAGUCAGGAACCCCAAGGCGACCCCGGAGGAAGCAUCACGCGUGAAGGACGAUCUUGAACUUCGAGGAGUUAUUCCAAAUUCGUUUGAGCACAUUUUUGAUCAUAUCGCGCAUUCGAAAAAUGCACAAUAUCUUGUACGUGCAAGUUAUCUGGAGAUUUACAAGGAAGAAGUGCGGGAUUUACUUCAAAAGGACCUUAGUAAACGUCUCGAAAUUAAAGAAAAACCGGAUAGGGGAAUAUACGUCAAGGAUCUUUCAACAGUCCUCACAAAGAACAUCCGAGAGAUUGAAAAAGUAAUGAAUAUAGGCUACGCCAAUAGAUCUGUUGGAGCCACGAACAUGAACGAACACAGUUCUCGUUCCCAUGCCAUUUUCAUUAUCACCAUCGAGUGUUGUGAACUAGGAUUGGAUGGCAAGAACCACAUCCGUGUGGGGAAGUUAAAUCUGGUAGAUUUGGCUGGAAGUGAACGUCAGUCGAAGACCCAGUCCGAAGGAGAGCGGUUGAAAGAAGCAACGAGAAUUAACCUUAGUCUAUCGACCUUGGGCAACGUCAUAUCUGCUCUUGUUGAUAAGAAAAGCACACAUGUUCCUUACCGGGACUCAAAGCUGACAAGGCUACUUCAAGGUGAACUAUGCUUAUUGAACAUUCUGCGUAUACCGUUAGUUGCCGACAGGCACAAUUAA